GGCCUCGCUACCCCCACCGCCUCCGCGAACGUGGAGGCUCCGCUCUCUCCUGGAUUCUGCACCGCUUUCCUCGCUUCGGGCCUUGCCUUCCCCAUCAAACACGUCCCCAUUCCUCCCCUCAAGGGCUUACCGACCGGUCCAGCAACCGUAACGAAAUAUAAUCGUUCCUCCGCCUUUUCCCUCCUGCCCCGGUCUAGAGAACUACUUCUUCUCUUCUCGCCAUGUCUGCUCCCAAUCCUCCAUCGCCGUCCUCCAACAGUUACCUCGAGCAGUCGGCCUCUAUGCUCAGUACUGUUGGUGCAUACAUGCGGCUACCAGCCAUAGCCUCGACGGGUAUCGCGGCUGUCUUGACCACCCUGCUCUAUUUCAAGCAAAAGGCUCUGAUUUACCCUUCGCACAUGCCCCCAAACUCUCGAACCGACGUCCCUAGACCCUCUCAGUUCGGUAUCAAGGAUUUCGAGGAGCUCGUCAUACCCACAAAUGAUGGCGAGAAGCUGUCGGCAUUCUACAUCCGGGGCCCGCGCGGCGGGAACAACUCCAAUGUUACCAUCCUGAUGCUCCAUGGCAAUGCCGGCAACAUUGGCCACCGUUUGCCAAUCGCCCGCAUGCUCAUCAACUUUAUCGGCUGCAACGUCUUCAUGCUUGAAUAUCGCGGCUACGGGUUAUCCACCGGAGAGGCCGACGAAGCCGGCCUCCACCUUGACGCGCAAACCGCCCUCGACUACCUCCGGUCUCGCGCAGAGACGAGCAACCAUAAGUUGAUUGUCUACGGACAAAGUCUGGGCGGCGCCGUUGGCAUCAGGCUGGUUGCCAAGAACCAAAAAGAUGGGGACAUUGCCGGCCUGGUCUUGGAGAACACCUUCCUCUCCAUGCGCAAGCUGAUUCCGUCCAUUCUACCGCCGGCCAAGUACUUCACACUCCUUUGUCACCAGGUGUGGCCGAGCGAAUCGCAUAUACCUAGCAUCACGUCCGUGCCGAUUCUCUUUCUCUCGGGUUUGCAGGACGAGAUCGUACCACCCCGUCACAUGCGCCAGCUUUACGAGCUGUCUGCUGCGACCACCAAAAUCUGGAAGACCCUGCCUGCGGGCGACCACAAUUCGAGCGUGCUGGAGGAAGGCUAUUUCGAGGCCAUCUCAGACUUCCUCGCAGACGUCACUGGCGUGACGAGCAAGGAGGAGAAGCAGCGCCUCUAGGAAGAGUUUCUGCAGUCCGAAGAACAGUUCGAGCGACACGUGGCCCGAAUACUAAAAGAAGAGGCGGACCAAGAAUCCGUUUUCACCGCUGUGUCCAGGCGGUUACACUGUCGGAGCCCGCCCCCGAGCGACUGAAGCUAAAGAUACGGAGCCGCGACCUGAACGGCGGCGGCGUGGCUAAGGGGAGAGCAGCAAGGAACGGGAAACGGCACGACGACGGGCGCGCUCUCCUCCGGCCCCCACCACCAUCAUCGCCCUUUUUGGGUUCUAUGAGAAUGAUACCCCCCGCUCCCUUGCCGGACCGGGAUGUGACAACACAUUGUAUACGCAGUAUUAAAUAUAAUGAAGCAACGAGCACGA